AUGGCGGCAAAGUACGAUAACGUCAUUAUCUUCGGACCCACCGGCGCGGUUGGCGGGGCAGCUGCUCUCGAGGCAAGCAAGCGAGGAGCCAAGGUCUGGCUGGCGAUGCGGGAUACCUCGAAAGCAAUCGAGGGCAUCCCGGGAGACGUCGAGAAGGCCGGCAAGUUCGAACGCGUCCAGGCCGACCUCACCGACCCAGACUCGGUGGGCGCUGCCGUCAAGAAGUCUGGCGCCAAGGCAGCAUACGUCUACUUGGUCUUUGGAUCGACUGACCACAUGCGCGGGACACUGCAGGCCCUGAAGAACGUAGGCGUCGAAUACGUCGUCUUCUUGUCGAGCUUCUCAAUCACUGCGGGGACUGACCUCCGCUCCAUUCCCCCUGAGCACAUCAUCCCUUAUAGCCAUGCCCAAGUCGAGAUCGCCAUAGAGGAGGUUGGGUUUCCGUAUGUCACAGCUUUGCGGCCGGCAUCGUUUGCGAGCAACCAUAUCAAAAUGUCAGUGGACAGAUCGACUAAGCCACCAAGGGCGAACAUUCUUUAUGCGGAUGCGAUGUCGGACAACAUCGUACCUGAGGACAUCGGCGCGGUUGGAGGGGCUGUGCUAGUGGAGAGGCCGUCGGAGGGCAAGGAGGUCAUCUACCUAGCCGGACCCGAGUUCAUCACGACCGAGAAGGUAUGGGAUACCAUCAAGAAAAUCACUGGCCGGACCGACAUCGAUACCAAGCCGAUUGACGGGAAGGAGUUUUCUGCUAGGGUCGAGGGUCAUAUGCCUCCACCGAUGAUCAAGGAGUUCCUGCGAGUGCAAGACCAAAUGAGAGAGCCAGAGAAGUUGUUGUCCAAAUCCGAGUUUCAGCAGGCGGUGGCGAAUAUCAAGAAAUUCUCCGGGCGGGAGCCUACGAAGUUCCAAGACUAUGUUGAGGCGCAGAAGGCGGAAUGGCUAGCUGUCUGA